GAUGUUACUAGAUGUUACUGGUUACUGUUAAGGUAAAGAACUCCAUCACCCAGCAUUCCCUAGUCAGUGCUGAGGGGACAUGCGCAGUGCGGAGCGCGGCAGACCCCGGGUAGCAUUACAGCGGACUGUGCUAGUUGACAUUAAAAGUUCAUGAAACGUAUAUCACGCCUCGCCUGCUUAUUAUAAGAAUACGCAAGGUACAACAUGGUGUCAGAAGUGGCCGUGAGCAGCUAAUGAAGAUAGAUUUGCCACGGGAGAACGACGGGAAAAAGAGAGAAAAAAAGAAAUCUCCGGUCGCGUGAGGUAACGUGCUAACAAGUCAACAUGCUAAAAGAGUUUGCUACGUCGUGUGAUGGCUACAAGUGGCAGUGGAAGUGAAGCGGGAGAUGAAGGACAGAUCGAACAUAUAGAAGAGGAUCUUGUGCCUGAAGCAGAGGACAACCGGCAACGCGAGAGGGCUGGCGAAGUCCCUGUACCCCGACUUUCAGUAAUGGAGAGGCUAAGUCCACCUACUUCCAUGCAACUGACUGGUAAUCUUGCUGAUAAUUGGAAGCGUUUUAAGCAACGAUUCAAUAUAUAUUUAGCAGCAAGUGGAGCAGGGGCUGAUGAUGAAAAACUGAAAGCUCACAUUCUUUUGCAUGUUAUGGGAGAAGAUGCUUUGGACAUAUAUAACAGCUUUCAGUUGGAUGAAGCUACUAUGACCUUAGCAGAAUUAAUGAUAAAGUUUGAAGAGUACUUUGUGCCUAGCCAGAACGUGACGUUUGAGAGGUACAAGUUUUUCACCCAUGACCAGAAGCAAGGAAUACAUUUCGAUCAGUACUUAGCAGAGCUUCAUACAUUAAGCAAAACAUGUGAAUUUGGCACCCUGAGAGAUUCUCUGGUGAGAGACAGGAUAGUUUGUGGCACAGUGGAUAAUGCACUCAGAGAGAGACUGCUCAGAGAAGCUGGACUUACACUGGAGAAGUGUGUCACUAUGUGCAGAGCAGCAGAAACAACUCGAGCGCAAGCAAAAGAGCUUCGGAGAGGUGAAACUACAGUGCAUGCAGUACACAAAGAACAGAGAAAUAAGAAAACAUUUACUAAACAAAAAGACUGUAAAGAGAAAUCUGCAGAAUUCAAAUGUGGUAAAUGUGGAGGCAGCCACAAGCCAAAAUCAUGUCCUGCGUAUGGAAAAUCCUGUAACAACUGUGGAAGGAACAAUCACUAUGCAAAAUGUUGCAAGUCCGCUUUUAAGCAGAAGGUUCACGCAGUUGGUGAGGAAGAAGAGGAUGAUGGGGAGUUCCUUGUGGAUGUGGUGCAGGCUCGGACUGAUGAAAAAGAGGAAUGGAUUGUGCCAAUCGAAGUGAACAAGACGGUAAUACCAUUCAAGCUAGAUACAGGUGCCCAGGUAAACCUGUUAUCUUAUGAGGAUUACAAGACAUUGGCAGUGAAAAGCAAAAUUCAUCCAGUAAAAACAAAGGUGACAGGAUACACUGGAGAAAGGGUUCCUGUUAAAGGCGGAUGCAUCGCAACCUUCAAAUACAGAGACCAGCAGAUAAGAGCAUUGCUACUGGUUGUGGAUACAAGUGCACAACCAAUCCUGGGACUCAAGGCAUGUACAAAGCUCAACCUGGUCAAAAGAGUGUUUGUAGUGACAUCAUCAGAAACUGUCAAUGAUCAUGACUCCCUGAUGGAAGAGUAUAAAGACUGCUUCGAAGGACUUGGAUGUCUACCCGGAGAACACAAAAUAUGCAUAGACAAAAGUGUGUCUCCUGUUGGGCAUCCUUGUAGGAAAGUUCCUUUUGCAUUGCGUGGAAAACUGAAAGAGGAACUGGCGCGCAUGGAAAAACUAAAGGUCAUCAAGAAAAUAGAUGAGCCGACUGAAUGGGUCAGCUCGCUGGUUGUUGUACAAAAGAAAACCGGUGCUCUGAGAACGUGCUUGGACCCAAGAGACUUAAACAAAGCGAUCAAAAGAGAGCACUUUAAGUUACCAACCAGAGAAGAAAUCAUGGCACAGUUUGCUGGAGCUAAAUGGUUCAGCAAACUAGACGCUUCAUCAGGUUUCUGGCAGCUGAGGCUGGACGAGGAGAGUUCGAAGCUGUGCACAUUCAACACACCUGAGGGCAGGUACAGGUUUCUUCGUCUGCCGUAUGGUAUCCUGUCAGCGCCUGAAGUCUACCAUAAGACUAUUCAUAUGAUCUUCGAGCACAUACCAGGAGUGGAGACAAUGAUGGAUGACGUCAUAGUCUGGGGGUCGACUCGAGAAGAACACGACGAAAGACUGAGACAAGUGCUAGACAAGACAAGGGAAGUGAAUCUGAAGCUUAACAAAGACAAAUGUGAGUUUGGAGUGAAAACACUUACCUUUGUGGGAGAUGUUGUCAGUGAAGAGGGGGUGAAGCCCGACCCGCGAAAAACGUCAGCAAUCAACAACAUGGAAAGACCAAACAACAAAGACGAGGUCAGACGUUUUCUGGGAAUGGUCACCUAUCUGGCCAAAUUUGUCCCUCAGCUGUCAGCACAGUCAGCACCUCUCAGGAGUCUUCUUGAACAGAAGAAUGAGUGGAUCUGGUCCCAUGAGCAGGAACAAUGUUUUGUGAAACUGAAAGAGACUCUGACACAAGAGCCCGUGUUAAAGUUUUAUGACCCAGAGAAGAAAACAAGGAUUUCAGCAGAUGCGUCACAGUAUGGCUUGGGAGCGGUGCUGCUGCAGGAAUACGAUGAGCAGUGGCUACCCGUUGCUUAUGCAUCCAGAGCCUUGACAAGCGCUGAGUCCAGGUAUGCUCAAAUCGAGAAGGAGCUGUUAGCGAGCAUGUACGCAUGUGAACGUUUUCACCAAUAUGUCUAUGGUCAAGCUUUUGAAGUGGAAACGGACCAUAAACCUCUGGUGUCCAUCAUGUCCAAACCUCUGAAUGACUGUCCUGUACGGAUACAGCGCAUGCUAAUCAGGCUGCAAAAAUAUGACAUACACAUGAUGUACACACAAGGGAAAUACAUGUACACCGCCGACACCUUGUCUAGAGCAGUGGAUGAGGGGGAGCGUGCGGACAGCGAAGACACUGCAGAAAUCCAGGCGUAUGUGGAUAUGAUUGUGUUGAAUCUGCCGGUAACAGCUGACAGAACAGAACAAAUACGCAGGGAGACAAAUGCAGAUGAAACGAUGACAGAACUCAAACACACAAUACAGACAGGAUGGCCUGAAAACAGAAAGGAUUGCCCCACGAAAAUACAAGACUACUGGAACUGUAGAUCUGAGCUCAGUGUGGUGGAUGACUUAGUGUUGAAGGGGAGCAAGUUUGUUAUUCCAUCAUCGUUACGUAAACAAAUGCUCCAAAAGAUACACGAAGGCCACCUCGGAGAAGUCAAGUGUAAACGGCGGGCAAGAGAAGUAAUGUACUGGCCGAGAAUCAAUCAAGAUAUCAGCCAGACAACAGCGUCGUGUGAGCUAUGUCGCAUCUACAGGCCAAAACAACAAGCUGAGCCGCUGAUGACUCACCCGGUGCCCCACAGACCGUACUACAAGGUUGGUACUGAUCUCUUUGACUGUGAUGGAAAGAGUUACAUAGUGGUCACCGACUACUUUUCAAAUUAUCCAGAAGUUGGAGCGCUGCAGUCAACAUCAAGCAAAGCAGUCAUCAGCUACCUCAAGACUGUCUUUGCCAGGCAUGGAGUGCCAUGUGAACUGUUUUCAGACAAUGGGCCCCAGUUUUCCAGCUGUGAGUUUGCUGCCUUUGCCAGGGAAUGGGGAUUUCAACACUCAACAUCGAGUCCAACCUAUCCAAAAUCCAACGGCUUGGCAGAAAGCUCAGUGAAAACGGUAAAAAACAUGAUGAGGAAAGCACAGGACAGAGAUGACUUUCAGAAGAGCUUACUGAUCUAUAGGAGUGCACCUCUACAGAACGGACUGUCACCAGCUCAAAUGCUGAUGGGUAGACGCAUUCGCUCUAACCUACCAAUAACUGAGGAUUUGCUUACGCCAAAGAACGCACACAAAGUCAGAAAAAUAAAGGAGGAACAAAAAGCAAAGCAGAAACAGCUGUAUGAUCGAACGGCAAAACACCUGCCAAAGCUGAGUCCUGGAGACCUGGUGCGUCUCAGGGACGUCUCUGCAGGCACAUGGGGACAAAAGGGACAGGUGAAGGAGGAAGUUGCUCCACGCUCCUACAGGAUCCAGACGGAGAAUGGAGUGUCUCUGAGGAGGAACCGCACUGAUCUGCAACUACGAACGACUGAGCAGGACAGUAUAGUUCAAGAGACGGUUCAGGAGGACACAACUGAAUCUACUGAGCUAUCGGACAGUGGUCUGACAGCGACGUCUGCGUCAACGGCUGAGGCGACACCUUUCAGAUUGCUGAAAUCGCCGGCUGCUGAAAGUCAGGCUAUACCUAGGAGACAUGUUCAGCCACCUAUGAGGUUGAUUGAGAGUUGCUAGACUAUCUUUAGUUUGUUUUGUUUGCAGAGAAGGAAAAGGCAAUGUGUACCUUUUAAUUUUGUCUUGUUCGAGUAAGUUUACUUAAGAAGGAAAAGGGGAAGUUGCAAUUGUAGAAGUUGUUUACAAGUAUAGUUUAUAUGUUACAUUACACUUGCACUUAAAGAUGGCUAUGUUUUUACGGGGGAAAAUAUAAUCUCAUUGUAAGGGGAAAGAUGUGAUGUUACUAGAUGUUACUGGUUACUGUUAAGGUAAAGAACUCCAUCACCCAGCAUUCCCUAGUCAGUGCUGAGGGGACAUGCGCAGUGCGGAGCGCGGCAGACCCCGGGUAGCAUUACAGCGGACUGUGCUAGUUGACAUUAAAAGUUCAUGAAACGUA